CCAUUCUCCUCCUCACAGGGACCUCUCCACUUGUAAUCAUUAAUGAACCAUCCCUGUAAUGGAGGAGUGACUGUACAGUCUGGAUAUCGCUCAGAGCUGCCUUGGGAAACCAGAAGCUGCUGAAAAUGUCGAGCAGGUAUCACAAAGCAGCGGCCGAUGGCAACUUGGACCUCUUGAAAGAAGCCACUAGGAAAGACCUCAACACUUCAGACGAAGAUGGGAUGACACCCACCCUUCUGGCAGCUUACCAUGGGUAUCUGGAGGCUCUGGAAAUCAUAUGCCGGAGGGGAGGAGACCCGGACAAGUGUGACAUCUGGGGGAACACGCCUCUCCACCACGCUGCCUGCAAUGGCCACCUCCACUGUGUCUCUUUUUUGAUCAACUUUGGUGCCAACAUCUUUGCUCUGGACAAUGACCUCCGCACUCCCCUGGAGGUGGCUGCCAGCAGGGACCGCAAGGAGUGCGUCCAGAUCCUGGACAAAGCCGCCAUCGAGCAGAUCAUGAUGAACCCCAAGAAGGCUGAGAAACAAAAAGCACAGGCCCAGAGGAACGUUGAGAAACAAAUCAAGGAGUGUGAGAAGCGCCAAGAGAAACACCAGCAUGAGAUGAACCGGAAUUAUAUGAAAGAAAAGGCUGGCACAGUGACUUCUUCCAGAGGAACGCACUCCAGAGUAAAGCUGCCCGGUCUAUUUGCUUCGAAUACCACAGGUACUUUUUCCAAAAACCUGAAAGAUACCUUGAAACUGAAGGCAAAAAAGAUAGCUGGCAGCACAAGAAGCCAGGAAACACAAAGAAAUGACCAAGAGGAUGAUACAGGUCAGAGAAAUGUGAUGCAUUUGUUUGAUGAGAAAGAGGAGGAGGAGUUACUGAACGACCCUGAUGAGAAAAACGUUGCUGAUAGUGACAGUCAGCUCUCCAUUUUUCAGCGGCCGGGUCUCGGCAAGAUUGUGUUUGGAAGGAAUUUGGCUGCAGAUGUAAAUCCUGGAACUGUGUCUUCCGAGAAAGAAGGUGUCAGCUUUACAAUGUCCAGGGAGCUCUUUCAGUAUGAAAAUGCUGAGAAUGGCAGGGAAGGUGAUGCUGAAAAUGGUGCUGAUAUCCCUUGGAAUGAGGAAGAAGUCAUUUGGGAUGACGAGGAAGCAGAGAACACACCCCUUGAAGUGUUUCUGGCAUCACAGAUGCUGGAUGAGUUUCUUCCAGUCUUCAUGAGGGAAAAAAUUGAUUUAGAUGCCCUGAUGCUAUGUUCAGAUGAAGAUCUACAGAGCAUUCAGAUGGAGCUUGGGCCAAGAAAGAAAGUCCUGAAUGCUGUGAAUAAAAGAAAACAGGCACUCAAGAACCCUGGAAAAACUGUAGAUACUUGCUUAUAAAUUAUCACCCCUGUUGCUGUAACCUGCACACUGAUUCUCUUUACAAAGAGCAUGCAAUUCCUUUCAGAUGUCUGCUAAAGCAAAGGGCAGAGAGGUUACCAAUUGCUUUAGAAAGUACAGCAGGGACAAAGAUUUUUCUCUCUGCAUAGAUGGCUGUGGUGAACAGGAUAUUAAUUAAGCACAUUCUGUCAAAAAGAAAGAAUGUGAAGGCAAAAACCCAAAAAGCUUUUUCUCCCUGAACUGUUUAUGAGGUUUGGAUUUCUUUUGGUCCAGAUAAUUUAAAAUAUCAAUGAAGGCAAGCCAUGCUACAUUCCUUUAUAAAGCCCUUCCUUUUUUCUCCAAAACCACAAUGCAAAGACCAUUCUCAGAGCUUGAGAGCUUUGAGUUUUCUCCAUUCACUUCUGUUCUGAUCACUACAAACCACUCUUCCUAGUACUGAUGAUAUGUUAGAAAUAGCAUCUGAACCUUGAUUUCAGCUGUGGUUUAUUGACAGUAAUCACCUCUGAAUGAAUGUAAAUAAGAUUAAUUUGCAGCAAGUUUCAUAUUUUUGACUAGUAAAGUUUUUACUACUGUACUGAUAAUAAUUUAAAAAUACAUGAAGUAUCUUGCAAA